UUCUGUUCUAGCUCCUGGUCUGUCAACAGAUCCCUUCGGAACACUUCCAUCGCCGAUAGAGGAUCGGCUCCUUACCCACGAUGCUCGACCAUUUCGGAUUCUCAGUCCACCCCUCGAAAUUCGAAGAGGUCGUGAACUGGUACCUCGCGGCGCUUGCGCCCAUUGGCUAUACCAAGCAAAUGGAGUUCCCUGGGCGCGCUGUCGGUCUAGGAGCCAGCAAAGAGCACGCUCACUUCUGGAUUGGCGCAAAAGAAGACGAAACGUCUUUUGGGUUCCACCUCGCAUUCGCGGCGACGGACCAUGAGACGGUCGACAAGUUCUAUGAAGCUGCGUUGAAGGCUGGUGGGAAGGACAAUGGCAAGCCCGGGAUAAGGGAGAUGUACGGCCCGACCUACUACGGGGCAUUUGUGCUGGACCCUCUGGGGAACAACAUCGAGAUUGUGGACAACACGCCCCGCUAAAAGUCCCUCGCCUUGGUAAUUACGGCCUCGAUGUGAGGGUCGUUGGCUGCUUUUGGGAAGUGAAUGUGGAUAGUGGGGUCGACUUUGUGCUCUACGGAUCUAGACUGAGAGAGGAGGAAGCCUGGGAUCCAAGAUGACCCGAAGCAAGAAAAUCGCAGCGGGGCUCUUAAUGAGCCUACUGGCAUCUAAUGCUCGAGGUCUUUAGAUGUUCCCCAAUUCGUCAG